AUGAGUUGCUCAUUCUACGAUGUUUUUCAUGAUCUGAAAGCAUUUCAUUCUCCGCCAAUCGGUGGAUUGCCGUUCUGGUGGCCGACGGUGGUACUACUAGAUGGUAAGGACUUUCUUGGUCCUCCACGUUUAAUGAAGGGGUUCUCCGCCCGCAAGACCAAGAGGAUACCACCACAUCAUCUGCUGCAGCCCGCUCCUUUGUCACCUUUCGACCCUCAACCAAAUAGAGCUUCCGACCAUCGUCUCUACUUUUCUCAAUUCUUUGGAUUUCAGUCAGGAUUCAUGGAAAACAAAGUAUGGAAAGCUAAAUCCAUUUUUGAUAAUGAAAGCCCUAAACAAUCAAAUGCUCAUAGCAGUGUGAAGCUAGAAGAAGUUAGUUUCACAACAAGUGACCAGUUUGAGUAUUCGAAGAAAAAUGGAGGGUGCUCCAAGAUUAGAGAUGUAGGGGGUUUGGAUAGAGUCACAUCUUAUCCCCUUAAUCAAAUUGGUGAGACAAUUUGGAAUGCGUUGGAGGAAAAACAUGAGAGAAGAAAAGUGAAGAUAUGAUCAUGAAAAACAAAAGAAGCAGGGUAACGAGGUGAAGGAAAACUCGUGAGAGACAAGAAAAGUGAAGACAUGAUCACAUCUUCUCUCCUUAAUUCCAAGUUUCUCAAGAUGCAAUUAAUGUCAAAUGACAAUCUCAGAGAAGGCUCUUCAAAAAACCGAAACCAUCUUAAAUGAAUCUAGAAGUGAUGAGGGAGUUGACAACCAUUCAUCUACAUUUGAAAUAAGAACUGAAGGUACCAAUGAUUGUUCUAUAGUUGUUGAAGAUUCAGAAAGUUCUGAUGCCAAUGAACUACUAAUAUGGUUACUUCAGACCAACCAUAGUACCGAUAUGCCUUGAUACAGAAGGAGAAUAUUUGAUUGCACCGUGUUAUUGAAGAAACACUCAUAAAUAUGUCCACAUGUCAUGUCUAGACAAUUGGAGGUUAACCAGGGUGUGUUGGUGAACAAAUUUUAUGGAGAUGAACUCAAAGACAUGUUUGGAUAUGAAGUGCACCCAUAUGGGUUUUAUACAAUGGCUGAUAACUUCAAAUCUAUCUCUUUGUUUGUUUUAUAUUUUGGGAAAAUUAAUAUUUAGGCUUUAUAUUGAUUAUUUAGUUUCAAAUUCUAUAAUUACAGUGUUAGCAAUUGUUUUGGUGGGAUUGUAGUAUGGUUUCUUUAUAGCUAGAAUAUGUGGACAACGAAUCAAUGAAAGCCACUAUC